AGGCCUGUAAGGAAAGAAAACACAAUAAAGGGUCUCGAUGCUGUGACACAGCAACGCCAGGCCACCCAUGACAGCCGGCGGACAGAGUGAGGGCGGGGAGGUCCCGCCGGGCCGGGGGACGCAAGGAACACCUUUGACGGCACAGGAUGGCAAAACAGAAGAGAAAAGAGAGCCAAGUGACAGAGAAAAAGAACAAAAAACUGAAGAAGGCGGCAGCAAGAGAGACGCCUCUGGCACCUGCGGCCCCGCCGGGCACUGAGGGGGCCCCAGCCGAGGUCCCCGACAAGCACUUCUCCACCUUGCUGGCCUACCUGGAGGGGCUCAGGGGCCGGGCCCGCGAGCUGCCGGUGCAGAAGGCAGAGGUGCUGAUGCGGGAGCUGGACGAAGCGGGUGCCAGCGCCGACGCCCCGCUGCCGGGGAGGACCCAGCGCGUCCGGCAGGUGCUGUAGCUGCUCUCCUAGCGGGGGUGCAGGGGUGGGGUCCCUGGCCCUCCUGGCCCCUGACCCUUGGAGGGGCCGCUUCUCUCUCCUGAUUCCUUGACCAGACAUUGUUUAUAAGGGAUGACAGUUCUAACCCCUUCACAGCAGAACGCAGUCACUCUGAAAUAAGCUGGCCUCCCAGUGGCCCUCAGGCUCGCAGGGAAGUUGCUUAUUGAGGGAAAUGCCUCUUUUUGGCCCAGGGAUGUCUUAGAGAUCACCAGAGCUGGCCCUCCCCACAGCUGUGGUCCAUCCGUGUGGGGGCUUGGGCCCCCGCAUGGGUCUGGCCGUCCCUCGGUGCCGGCCGCCUGGCCACCUGCGUGCAUUCACCUAGGGGCCUGGGCUGUGGCUCAUCCAGCGGACCACGGCUCCGCUGGCCACUUACAGGGAGAACCUGGGUGUAUUUUCAAUAAAACCUGGUCUCUGGAGGCCGUGGCUCUUGUCGUCUGACUUGUUCCCUGCCUGUGGGGCGUGGGCUCCGUGGCCUCCCGGGACGGCAUCAGGCGAGCCCCUCGUGCCGUCUUCUGGCUGCAGCCUGACCCCUGCUCUUCAGACCACGUUUCCAGGUGUCGGCAGGGGCCACGCGCUGCCCUCCCGCACCUGCCCAGCCGGCAGGCACCUGCUCUGUCCCCCGUCCCCGGAGGAGCGUG